AUGCUUGAGAAAAGAUCCCCCUAUCAAGAGGGAAGCCUCUGGUACUAUGCCCCUACUCAAGGGGCACCCAUAUCCUUCGCAAUCCUGUUCGCCGUCUCGGGGAUGUUACACGCUUACCAGUGUUGUAUGUAUAAGUCAUGGAAAGUGACUGGUCUCCUACCCUGGUCUGCUCUUCUCUUUACAGCAGGCUUUGUGACGCGUAUCAUCGGUGCCUUCGGGCAGUGGGACAACGUGGGUCUUUAUAUCGCGAGCACUGUCCUAUUGUUAGCCGGGCCUCCGGUCUAUGAGGGUGCCAACUACUUUACUCUGGGUCGCAUCCUUUAUUACAUUCCGUACCAUUCGCCGAUUCAUCCUGGUCGGGUCUUCACCACCUUUAUUGCCGUGGGUGCGGUGAUCGAAGCCAUCACAGGUAACGGCGCCGCGCUGGUCGCUAAUUCCGAGGCGACCGAAGGUAAAAGAAACACCGGCGAAGCACUGCUCAAAGCAGCGCUGAUCCUGCAACUUGUGUUGAUGGCAGCGUUUGUGGCCCUUGCUUCCAGAUUCCACUACAACUGCCAUCGUGGGGGAGUCUUGAAUGCCAAGAUUAAACGAGCCUUGUAUGUGCUGUACUGCAGCUGCACCCUGAUUACCGUGCGCACGAUUUUUCGGACCGUGGAAUACUUUAGCGCUGCGAGCAUCAACACUUUUAGCGGCAACAAUAUCAGUCCAAUUCUCAAGGAUGAGUGGUUCUUCUGGGUGUUCGAGGCUGUUGUGAUGUAUGCCAACACCACCCUGCUGAAUGUCUUCCAUCCGAUGCGAUGGCUUCCACGCUCCAACAAAAUAUAUCUGGCGACGGACGGGGUCACAGAAAUUGAAGGACCUGGUUAUGAUGAUCCCCGGCCCGUGAUCCUGACCGUGGUUGAUCCUUUUGACAUUGUCGGUCUCAUCACGAAAAGGGGCAGGAAGGAGAAGUACUGGGAAGUUGGGACAGCCAACCACACCCAGAAGGACGCGCAUGGGAUGUCAUCUCCUGUGUAG